GUCGAGCGGCUCGUUUUCCUCUUCCUCCGCUGUGAGAGUCUAGGCGGAGGCGGCAGCAGACGGGCAGCAAAUCCGUGAAUACCCCCCUCCCGCUUUGGCCGGCCUCGGCGUCCGCUCAAGGCGAGGCGAACUCCGCAGCUCCGUGAGACCCGGCUGUCCGUGAGCGUCAGGGCGACCGUUGGAGUUUGAAUUGAAUAGGCUGCGCGAGGCGAGCGGAUCCGCACACACGACGAGCACUGAAAACAACAGGGUGGGUGGUUGUGGUGAGAGACGGGCGAAAAGACGGCAUCCGGCCUGCGAGAAGUCGCCGAGGGCUUCGACUCGGCUCGAAACAGCUCUUUUAGUUUCUGGUGGAGAACACUGACAGUGAUUGAUGGACGGUAAUGCCCCUCUCCUGCAUCUAUGGUUUGAGGGAGAAGACUUUCUGACACAAGUAUAACAGAAACAGUGGUCAGCUACUGAAUCUCAUUGGCAUCUCUUGCGUCCUCUGCCUCAGAGGCCCAUGGAGAAGAUGAAGAGAUUUAAGAGGCGAUUGUCGCUUACACUCCGCGGCAGUCAGACCAUCGACGAGUCCCUCUCUGAACUUGCCGAGCAGAUGACCAUAGAGGAGAACAGUAGUAAGGACAGCGAACCCAUAGUGAGGAAUGGCCGGCCACCCUCGUCACACAGCAUGCACUCAUUCCUGCACCAGUACACAGGGUCCUUUAAGAAGCCUCCUCUGCGCCGGCCUCACAGCGUCAUCGGAGGCAGUCUGGGCUCCUUCAUGGCCAUGCCUCGCAAUGGCAGCAGAUUGGAUAUAGUCCAUGAGAACCUAAAGAUGGGAUCAGAUGGAGAGAGUGACCAGGCAUCAGGAACGUCUUCAGAUGAGGUGCAGUCGCCCACUGGAGUAUGUCUGCGGACUAGGACGCAUCGGCGCAUAUCUAUGGAGGAUCUAAAUAAGCGCCUGUCUCUACCUGCUGAUAUUCGAAUUCCUGAUGGUUACUUGGAGAAGCUGCAGCUGAGCAGCCCCCCAUUCGAUCAGCCUCUCAGCCGCCGGUCACGCAGAGCAUCACUGUCAGAAAUUGGCUUUGGAAAACUGGAGACCUACAUCAAACUGGAUAAGCUUGGAGAGGGAACAUACGCCACAGUCUUUAAAGGACGGAGCAAACUGACGGACAACCUGGUGGCUUUGAAGGAGAUUCGAUUAGAGCAUGAAGAAGGGGCGCCAUGCACUGCCAUCAGAGAGGUGUCGUUACUGAAGGACCUGAAGCAUGCGAACAUUGUUACUCUCCAUGAUAUCGUCCACACGGACAAAUCCCUCACGCUUGUCUUUGAGUACCUGGAUAAGGACCUGAAGCAGUACAUGGAUGACUGUGGGAACAUCAUGAGCAUGCACAAUGUCAAGAUUUUCCUGUUUCAGAUCUUACGAGGGCUGGCAUAUUGCCACAGGCGCAAGGUUCUUCACAGAGACCUAAAACCACAGAAUCUGCUCAUUAACGAAAGAGGAGAGCUCAAACUAGCUGACUUUGGUCUGGCCCGGGCCAAAUCGGUCCCCACUAAAACGUAUUCAAAUGAGGUGGUGACAUUGUGGUAUAGGCCUCCAGAUGUACUCUUGGGAUCCUCAGAGUACUCCACACAGAUCGACAUGUGGGGUGUAGGUUGUAUAUUCUACGAGAUGGCUGCCGGACGGCCACUGUUUCCAGGCUCCACAGUGGAAGAUGAACUGCAUCUCAUCUUCAGGUUACUGGGUACGCCCACAGAAGAGAAUUGGCCAGGCAUCUCAUCUAUUGAGGAGUUCAAAUCCUACAACUUUCCCAAAUACAAACCACAGCCCUUCAUCAACCACGCCCCUAGGCUGGACACUGAAGGAAUUGAAUUGUUAUUGUCUUUUCUUAAGUAUGAGUCCAAGAAGCGAAUUUCUGCCGAUGAUUCAAUGAAACACUCCUACUUCAAGAGUCUGGGCAUGCGAGUGCACACACUGCCUGAGAGUAUAUCUAUAUUCACACUGAAAGAGGUGCAGCUUCAGAGGGACCCUGGCUACAGGAACUCUUCCUACCCAGAGACAGGAAACAGCAAGAGCAGAAGACAGAGUAUGCUGUUCUAAGCUACGCUCAUCUAUGCACUCACUCUCAUGAACACACUCGCACAAGCACACACAUACACACACACACACAAACAUGCACACACACUCACUCACACAGACAUAAGCACACAAUGGAUCAGGAUGUUGGCUUCUGCUCAGUGACUGUCUUGUGUAGACUAACUGACUAGCCUCCCUCCCCAUGCUAUAGAGAGAGUGUGUUUGUGUGUGGAUGUGAACGGUGGGUGAAGGGGACUGGUCAGCUCAUCUCUCCCCCCCCCCCCCCAUCCUCCUGUGUCCAGCAUGCAGCCAGUCUCAGUGAUGAAACAACACACCAACACCACGCCCUGAUCCACCUCCUCUGGUUCCCUUGUUGUGUGAGGAGAAGGGUUGUGUGUGUAUAUUCGUGUGAGUGUGUAUAUUUAUUGAAGAGGUCCGUGGGCUUGUUUUGUUUUGCUGCUAAUCGACUACUGUCUCCUUUUAAUACCUUCCCCACUCUCAGGCGACCCUCCUGGUUGUUGCGGACAUGUUAGUGCAGUACUGCCCUCAAGGAGUUCAUUUCUUUAUUUCUUUUUUUUUUUUUUAAUAGUUCUGAAUAUUUCUGUCCAAAAUGUUGACUUUAAAGAUGUCGCUUGUUGUUGCGAUGGUUUUACAGAGAUGCAAUGCCUUUAAGAUUUGUUUUCCUUUUAUUUUCUUUGCCCUCAUUUUGAACUCAUGGUGAUUUUAUGUAGAGAAGCUUCAUUCCUACAGACUUUUCAGACUAUACACAGAUAUUAUGGAAGUUGUACGUAAAAACUGCCCACUCCAUUCCAGUCUCCAAACCUCACCUUAAAAUUUCAGAUGACCCUGUGUUCUAAAGAAAGUCCCCCUACUUCUGGACUUUCAGUGAGCCGUGGACACGUUCUCUUCGGUCAUGUGAUCUGAAGCUGGUUUAAAUGUUUAGAGUCUGCUGAUGGAGAUUUGUGAUUGGCGUUACACUUCCGGUCGACGUCAUGGACAUCGUAGAGCAAAACCGUGAAAAGAGGGGCGGAGAAACAAGCUGUGAGAGAGGGGAUCGAAAACACUGGACCACCAGUAGUCAAUGUGACCUCUGCCAGGGGAAAAAAAGACAAAAAAAAAAAAAAAGAAAGACUGAAGACCAGACCUAGCUUCUUCCUUCUUGUUCUCCUUUUCAUUUUUUUUUUCUUCUUCUGCUUGGACUGAAGUGCUUGUUAUGAUUUUAUGAUGUUUUUAUUUCUUUUUUCAAGAGCUAAUUAUCCUAAUGCAUCUUCAGUGACUGUACAAAAAUGAAAAUGAUAAAAUUCUACCAGAUCUCCUAUUUAGCUUUGGAUUGUGAGAGAGAGAGAGUGAGUCCGUGAGAAAGAGAGUGUGUGAGAGAGAGAGAUAUUUACGGAGAAAUAUAGCGGAGAUCAGACUGUACAGAGCCUCGUUGCGCUAUGCUUAGUGAGGUUGUGAAGACGAGUUAGUUGCAUUAACAGUAUUAAGAGAAUUUUCCUAAGUUACAUUUUGAUUCUUCUGUGAAUAAUGGUAUGGUAUCUCAGUGUGGCAUGUUGGAGUCCCACUGUGUCCCGUUUGUGCUUGACUUUGUUCAGAAGAGGAAAAUAAUAAAAAAAAAAAAUACAGAGUUGUGGAAACAUACAGGAACAACGAUAAAAGAAAAAAUAGAACGGCUGUAUAGGACCAACACCUUUUUUCCAGCGUUUGUACACAUGAAGAAACAUUUCAGAGGUUUUAGAUUCAACAGACAACUGUGUUGUUUUUUUUGUUUUGUUUUUUUUAACUGACAGUUUAUGUUGAUUAAUAUUGUGAUAAUUUUUUUGCAGUUGAUUGUGACUGGAGAAGUGUGUGUACGUAUGUUUGUAUGUAAGUGAGUGCGAGAGUGUGUGUCUGUCUGUAGAUGCAUGGAAUGCCUGGUGUGUCGUAAACCUCGCCUCUGUGGAACACUGACACAGUUGAAGCUGUCGACUGAAUUGACCAUUUAACUCUUUCUACUGCAGAUAUUUAUUUCUCUUAAUCAGUGAAGUAAACAUGGUCUGUUUCAUACGGAA